AUGGUUAACACGAGCUGCGCAGUCUUCCGGUGCACCUCGUCCUCCCACAAAAACAAGGGACUCAGAUUCCAUCAGUUUCCACGUGAUGAAAGAUGCCACUUGUGGGUGAAGGCGUGCAACCGUGCCGAUCUACUGGCCAAGGACAUCGACCAGCUAAAGAAUAUGCACAUUUGCAGCCUUCACUUCGAACAUCGCAUGUACGGGAAGCUACUUCUCAAGAAAUCGGCAGUGCCCACUUUGAACAUACCCGCGACGAGGACCGUGUCCACACAGACUGACAAUCCCGAUGCCCACAUGGCGCUUCACAUUCUCACCAGUCAGGGAGUGCAGACGGAGGGCAGAUACGAGAGGUCGGCCGUGAACCUCGACCAGUUUUUAAAGGCCUGCGACGAGUUCCUGCCUCGAAGUCUGGGCUCGUUCGUCAAGGCUCACAUUUAUGUGGCUGACCAGACCCGCUGA